AUGGGUGCCAUACUCAGCCAACAAGGAAAAGAUAACUGCCUACACCCAGUUGCCUAUAUGUCCAAAUCAUUCUCAGGAGCCAAAGCUAACUACAAUACCCAUGAUAAGGAGCUUCUGGCCAUCAUCAAAGCACUGGAAGAAUGGCGCAUCUUUUUGGAGGUAAUGGAUAAACUGGUCCAGGUUGACUUCAACUUUGAAAUACAUUACCGCCCAGGGAAGCAAUCAGGGAAGCCCAAUGCCUUGUCAAGAUGGUCAGACUACAAAGAUGAUCCCCAAGAACCAGAGAUUAUGCUCCCAGCAGAAGUCUUUGCCAACACCUUGGAGGAAGAACUAGAAAUUGUCACAGAAAUACAUUCCAAAUUGAGAGAAGACCCCUCCCUUAAAGCAAUCAUCCAGUUCCUGACAGAAGGCGCGGACAAUGCACCCCCUUCAAUUCAAAAAGCCUACCAGGAUUAUGAUUGGGAAGAAGAUCUGUUAUGGUACCAAGGAAAAUUAGUGGUCCCAGACUUGGAAACCCUGAAAGAGAGAUUGCUCAAAGAAUUUCAUGACUCUCCCUUGGUGGGCCAUCCAGGACAACAGCGCACCCUAGAACUCCUCAGUCAAAACUACUGGUGGCCAGGAAUGAAAUCCUUGGCCAAGGAAUGGGUGGAAUGUUGCCCCACUUGUCAAGCCAACUGUUGCGCCCAUGCUCCUGUCAUUGCCUUAAAACCUUUGGAAGUCCCACCAUAUCCUUUCCACACAAUCUUGUAUGAUUUCAUCACAGGAUUCCCUAAAUCACAAGGGUUUGACACAAUCCUGGUUGUCAUAGACUCCUUCUCCAAGUUUGGACACUUCAUCCCAACAACCAAGAAAGUCUCAGCCAAGGGCCUAGCAGAGCUGUUCAUUUCACACGUUUGGAAAUUGCAUGGGUUACCAGUCAAAACAAUCUCAGACAGGGGCACCAUGUUUACAGGAAAAUUCCUCAGGGCACUCUACCAGUGUCUUGGAGUAAAACCAGCUUUCUCAUCAGCUUACCAUCCAGAGUCUGAUGGACAAACAGAGAGAGUGAACCAGUUCAUUGAGUUUUACCUUAGAUCAUAUGUUGCGGCAGAUCACUCAGACUGGGCCACCUGGUUACUGCUGGCAGAGUAUGCAUACAACAACGCCAUACACGCUGCCACUGGGAAAACCCCCUUCAAAUUGGUCUAUGGAAGAAAUCCUGUCAUGAACCCAUCCAACAUCCCAGCAAAUGUCCCAGAAGCCAACCAAGUGGCCAACACCCUAGCCUGGGAAUGGAAAGAAGCAGAAGCUGCUCUCAGGAUGACUAAGGAAAGAAUGGCAGGGAAUAAGGGGAUAAUUCCAGAAUAUUCCAUUGGAGAAAAAGUAUGGCUAGAUGCAAAAAACAUUGAAAUCAGGUCAAACUCCAACAAAUUAGACCCAAGGCGCCUAGGACCUUUUGAAGUAACCAAGAAAAUCUCCAGCCAUGCGUACUGCCUCAAGCUCCCCAAAUCCCUAAAAAUCCACAACAUUUUCUAUGUGGGUCUGCUAUCCAAAUCCUACAAGUCCCCAAGUCAACCAUUCCCAGAAAAACCUCCCCCUGAAACAAUAGAGGGAGAAGAAGAAUAUGAAGUAGAACAAAUCAUUGACUCCAAACAACAACAGGGGAAAUGGUUUUACUUGAUAAAAUGGAAAGGUUACGGACCUGAAGACAAUUCUUGGGAACCAGAGGAAUUGCUAGAACAUAGCCAGGACAAGAUUAAGCGCUUCAACCAGGCUAGACUCAAAAAGGCUUGUGACACUGCCAAGAGCCUUUAA